AUGAGAGAAACUGGGGGGAUUUUAGCGGUGCUAAUUGUCAUCAUAGUGGCAAGCACGGGCCAGCGCCACCAUGGCCUCUGUCGUCCCGGUGACAUCGUCUUCGUUCUCGACUCCUCUAACAGCAUCUGGCACUCAGAUUUCGACCUGCAGCUCGAGUUUGUGCGCGAUGUUAUGAGCAAGCUACCCAUAAGGUCGGGGGGACGAGGGUUCCGGGUGGGGCUGGUAACCUUCAGUCACAAGGUCAGACUACAGUUCCAUCUGAACUACCACACGGAGAGGGCCGCCCUGAAUAGGGCCAUUAUGAGGGUACCAUACCUGGGCGGAGGCACCUACACGGGCGACGCGAUACGCUACGUCUACACCCAGAUGUUCCAGGAAGCCAGGGGGUCCCGAGCCACAGCUAGUCACUUCAUAGUGGUUGUCACGGAUGGACUUUCACAGAACACGACGGCCACGGCAGUAGAGGCAUCCCUGGCAAGAUACCGUGGGGUGGAGAUGUUCGUGGUUGGGGUGGGGCCUGGGGUGGACCAGGACGAACUAGAGAGCAUCGCCAGUAAUCCUGACCGUCGCUACCUCUUCAAAGUUGACGAUUUUAACGGGUUGAGCAGCAUCAAGGAUAAACUGGCGCUUCGAAUAUGUGAACGUACAUCCACUCCAAAACGGGAUUUCGCCAAUCCUGACUCCAACAAAGAUGACACUGGGCCAGAUAUCGUUUUACCACCAAAACCCCCGCAAAACUGUGGUGGCAAACCAGCGGAAGUUUUCUUCCUUGUGGACGCCUCCAGCAGUAUUUGGCAUCCAGACUUUGAAAAACAACAGUUCUUCAUGGAGCACAUUAUUAAGGUAUUUGAUAUUGGGCCGACACGUACAAGAGUAGGUGUUAUCGUCUUCAGCGACAGAGUUCAUCCAGUAAUUAUGCUGAACACCUACGAGAGACAGAGGGAUUUAUUGCGUGCCAUCCCCGGUGUGCCGUACCUAACUGGUGGUACGGACACUGCCGGAGCCAUUCGGUACAUGAGGGAAAAAGGAUUCGCCAAGUCGGUAGCACGCAGAGAUGUCGCCCAUAUCGGUAUAAUACUAACUGACGGGCAAUCCCAGGACGUAGAUGCCACAAGAGAACAAGCCCGCCUGGCGCAUAAGGAGAGCGUGCACCUGUUCGCCAUUGGAAUCGGGAGUAAUGUGGAUAAAAUGGAGCUUCGAGACAUUGCGAGUGACCCGGAUGAGAACUUUGUGUUCAUGUUGGAUAACUACGAUGCUCUGACGUCCAUACAAGACAUCUUGGCCAUCAAGACAUGUGAUGUGAACCCAGUAACAUCCCCACAGAAAGAUGCCGCGGUUUGCUCCAGACAGCCUAAAAUGGAUCUAAUAUUCGGACUGGAAUCCAAUGACUUGAGGUCUGGUGAAACGAAACUGGUUCUAGAAUUCGUCAGAGAUGUUGUGAAGAGUUUAGACGUGGGUUCUGAGAAAAUCCGCGUGGAUCUGUUGGUCAACGAUUGUCCCAGUUAUAGAGGCAAAACAUUCUCCAACAGAAACUUCAGCAAAGAAGACUUCACUAAUGCGCUGGAUCACGCCGUUGUGCCUCAGAUGUCACACCUUCUCCACAAGAUCAGGCACCAUUCUUUUCCGGCUCUGGUCAGCAGUCGAGCCGAUGUUCCCCGAAUAGCCGUUGUGUUUGUGACUGGUGCCUUGGAUAAGCAACGAGAGGCCCUGAAGGAGGCCCACAGACUCAAACGUCACGGUGUGGAGCUGUUUGUGGUUGCAAUUGGUCCCGGACCCGACGAUUAUGAUAUUUCCUCGAUGUGCAGUUCCCCCACCGACAAACAUUUACUUAGACUCUCCAGCUUCGAGCAGCUUAAGGACUCAAACACUGAAGUGCUGAGGAGACUAUGUGAUGGUAAGGUCAAACAACUGGUUGAGACUGGUCAUUGCAAACCUCAUCAUUUAGAAUCUAGAGGCGGAACUGAAUCUUGGCUUUGA